AUGCGGAUUCUCAACAACCCCCUCAUACCAGAGAAGAUGGAGUCACUCGACCGCUCUCCCUCGCCUGAGUUUUCGCCCUUGGCCAUUGGCGAAGACUUCACACCGCUCCCCACCUACAAGGCCGCAACUACGUCAGCCUAUGACAUGUCCGGCCUCCUGUCAACUCCCCUUCAACUCCAUGAAGAUCUCGCCUCGGGAUGCGGCGGUCAAACCUGGCCUGCAGGCAUGGUGCUUACAAAACACAUGCUGCGCUACCAUCGAGAGAACCUCAAGGGCGCGAGAAUACUUGAGCUGGGCGCCGGCGGCGGACUCGUCGGACUGGCUGUGGCUUUAGGUUGUGGAUUGCAGGAAACGCUGUACCUCACAGACCAAGACGAGAUGUUCGAGCUGAUGGGACGGAACACCAAGUUGAAUAACCUCGAAGACAAAGUUAAGCCCAUGAUCCUGAACUGGGGCGAACCGCUACCGCAAGAGGUUGUCGAUUUCAAGCCCAAUGUCAUUCUGGCAGCCGAUUGCGUCUACUUCGAGCCGGCAUUUCCACUCUUGCUGGAGACUCUGACCAACCUGUUAGCGUUGGACCCAGACGCGAUUAUCUACUUCUGCUUCAAGAAGAGGAGACGUGCGGACAUGCAGUUUCUCAAGAAGGCACAAAAGGCGUUCUUGGUGACGGAAAUCGUCGACGAAGAUCGCCCCGUCUUCAGCAGAGAGGGCCUAUUCCUCUACACUUUUGCAAGCAAGAAGCCGACUUCAAACGGGAACCGAAAGUGA